UUUUUGAAAUUAGGGUUUUAGAUUUGGUAUUAUUUGUUAGAAUUUUUAUUUUAUAUUGGACUUAUUCCAAUAUAAAACAAUAUUGUGUUAUUGCGGUGUUUUGUUGUGUUGGGUUUAUAAAUAAACUACUAGUGUCAACUUUUAUGCCUUGUUUUUGAGGGGAAGAGAGAAACGAGUCAGAUGGAAGUGGGAAAGAUAGAAACGAUACAGAUGAGUGAAAAUACCUGAGAAAUAAAGUUACAUGUGUUUGGUUGAAGAAAAUAUAAAAGAGACGUUGCGAGAGAGAUGUGUAGAGAUAAGUGAGAAAUAAAAAAGUGGAUGUCGCUGUUUUUAAAAUUAUUUCUCCAUCUUUCUCUCCUGCUAAACAGCUUACAUUAGUUUCACCCUCUUCAUUUCUUCACAACCAAACUCACCAUUAGUACCACAUGAUUAUGCGACAUAGAUUUUCUUUUUUUCAUAGUAUUUGAGACCUUUAUUAGAUGAGUACUCCUCAUAUUUCUGGUGUUUCCUUUAUUUGAAAUGAUGGUAAGGGUUUGUUUGUAUAAGGUUCGCUGUAGACGCUUAUAGGAAAGAAAAAUGUUUAUGGAGAAGUUUAUCUAAACAUAUCCUUAGUCUAUUAUACUCUUAUUGGAUCCUCCCUUGUGUGUUAUUUUCUUGAUAUGAUGGUUGAACAAAUGGUGAUUCAAGGUUUGGAAUGUGGCUGUCCCUCCCCCCUUUCAUUGUCCAUCUGGACAAAUAAUUUGGUGGAAAUUGAAUGGUUUCAAAUUGUCCACGGGAGAAGAUUCAAGGUUUGGAAUGUGGCUGUCCCUCCCCCCUUUCAUUGUCCAUAUGGACAAAUAAUUUGGUGGAAAUUGAAUGGUUUCAAAUUGUCCAUGAGAGAGGAUUCAAGGUUUGGAAUGUGGCUGUCCCUCCCCCUUUCAUUGUCCAUAUGGACAAAUAAUUUGGUGGAAAUUGAAUGGUUUCAAAUUGUCCAUGAGAGAAGAUUCAUAGUUUGGAAUGUGGCUGUCCCUCCCCCCUUUCAUUGUCCAUAUGGACAAAUAAUUUGGUGGAAAUUGAAUGGUUUCAAAUUGUCCAUGAGAGAAGAUUCAAGGUUUGGAAUGUGGCUGUCCCUCCCCCCUUUCAUUGCCAUAUGGACAAAUAAUUUGGUGGAAAUUGAAUGGUUUCAAAUUGUCCAUGAGAGAAGAUUCAAGGUUUGGAAUGUGGCUGUCCCUCCCCCCUUUCAUUGUCCAUAUGGACAAAUAAUUUGGUGGAAAUUGAAUGGUUUCAAAUUGUCCAUGAGAGAAGAUUCAUAGUUUGGAAUGUGGCUGUCCCUCCCCCCUUUCAUUGUCCAUAUGGACAAAUAAUUUGGUGGAAAUUGAAUGGUUUCAAAUUGUCCAUGAGAGAAGAUUCAAGGUUUGGAAUGUGGCUUUCCCUCCCCCCUUUCAUUGUCCAUAUGGACAAAUAAUUUGGUGGAAAUUGAAUGGUUUCAAAUUGUCCAUGAGAGAAGAUUCAAGGUUUGGAAUGUGGCUGUCCCUACCCCCUUUCAUUGUCCAUAUGGACAAAUAAUUUGGUGGAAAUUGAAUGGUUUCAAAUUGUCCAUGAGAGAAGAUUCAAGGUUUGGAAUGUGGCUGUCCCUCCCCCCUUUCAUUGUCCAUAUGGACAAAUAAUUUGGUGGAAAUUGAAUGGUUUCAAAUUUUCCAUGAGAGAAGAUUCAAGGUUUGGAAUGUGGCUGUCCCUCCCCCCUUUCAUUGUCCAUAUGGACAAAUAAUUUGCUGGAAAUUGAAUGGUUUCAAAUUGUCCAUGAGAGAAGAUUUGGAUGAAGGCUUUCAAAAUCGAAAUUCACUUUACUAGAGGACAAAAAAAAUGGCAGCUUACAUGCUGGACUUGUUGUCAGAAGGUUUUUACCUUCACAGUUUGGGUAAUACCAAUUAGCAAACCUUCUAACCCUCAUAAAGAUAACAAGAAGGCAGCUUUUUUCCAUGAACUUGACACAGAUUAAUAAUCCUCGAACAGUGUGGCAUAUGUGUCCCAAUUGCAAUCAUUCUAUAUCUGCCUACUUUUGCUAGAAUUUAAUUUAUCAGACUGGCAUGUAAUAUGGAUGUUAUCUGUGAUGCUGCAUUGGCCAUGGUCAAUUUAAGAGCCCGACAAGAGAGUUGAGAAUAGGAGGUUUGAUAAUUGGUUUUACUUAACAUUCAAUUGAUUUGUUCUACUGUCCUCCGCAGUAAGAGAGGUAAGGAAGCUUAAGGUGACGGUGACUAUGUUUAUUUUAAUUUGAAAGAUGAUUUCCUAAAAUAAAAGCUUGUCUGAUUUUUGUGGGAUUGGAGGUUAAGCUGGUUGACAUAAAGAGAAGUUGUAAGUUGUAUGAUGGUUUUGAUAAUUGGUGUUACCUUAACAUUCGAUUGACUUAUUUUACUGUCCUCUGCAGUGAGGAAGCUUAAGGUGACCAUGACUAUGUUUAUUUUAAUUUGAAAGAUGAUUUCCUAAAAUAAAAGCUUGUCUGAUUUUUGUGGGAUUGGAGGUUAAGCUGGUUGGCAUAAUUUUUCUUUUGAUAGAUAAGCACCAUUCCUCGGUGUUCAUCUAAUAGAUGGUUCAACAAAUAGUGAUUCAAGGUUUGAAAUGUGGCUGUCCCUCCCCCCUUUUAUUGUCCAUAUGGACAAAUAAUUUGGUGGAAAUGGAAUGGUUUCAAAUGAUCCAUGAGAGAAGAUUUGGAUGAAAGCUUUCAAAAUCGAAAUUCACUUUGCUAGAGCACAAAAAAAAAGGCAGCUUUCAUGCUGGACCUGUUGGUAGAAGGUUUUUACCUUCACAGUUUGGGUAACACCAAUUAGCAAACCUUCUAACCCUCAUAAAGAUAACAAGAAGGCAGCUUUGUUCCAUGAAAUUGACACAGAUUAAUAAUCCUUGAAUAGUGUGGCAUAUGUCUCCCAAUUGCAAACAUUCAUUAUCUGCCUACUUUUGCUAGAAUUUAAUUUAUCUGACUAGCACGUAAUAUGGAUUUUAUCUGUGUUGCUGCAUUGGCCAUGGUCAAUUUAAGAUCCAGACAAGAGAGUCGAGGAUUAGCAGGUUUGAUAAUUGGUGUAACCUUAACAUUCGAUUUAUUUGUUUUACUGUCCUCUGCAGUAAGAGACGUAAGGAAGCUUAAGGUGACCAUGACUACGUUUAUUUUAAUUUGAAAGAUGGUUUCCUAAAAAAAAAUAGCUUGUCUGAUUUUUGUGGGAUUGGAUCCUAAGCUGGUUGACAUAAUGUUUUUUGAGAGAUAAGCAUAAUUACUGGGAGUUCAUUUAAUAGAUGGUUGAACAAAAAGUGAUUCAAGGUUUGAAAUGAAGCUGUCCCUCCCCCAAUUUAUUUUCCACAUGGACAAAUAAUUUGCUGGAAAUUGAAUGGUUUCAAAUUUGCCAUGAGAAAAGAUUUGGAUGAAGGUUGUGAAAAUUGAAAUUCACUUUACUAGAGGACUCGAAAAAAAAAGGCAUGUCACAUGCUGGACCUGUUGAUGAUUUUAGACACACUGAUGCCAGCUGUGGUCAGAUGAUUAAAGUAUGUCAGUGCAUAAGCUGGAGUUUUGUCAAUAUGAUCACUAUGAACUUCAAAAGUGUUACUAUAUAUAUAGGUGGAACUAACAAAGUUAAGGAAUAAUUGGAGCUAAUUUAUUCUUGGUCUAUGUUAUUAUCACUCUUAUAUUGUUGGUGGGUACAGAAGGUAUGAAAGAACAUUUCUAUCAAAGAAAAUGUUUAUGGCUAGGCCUAUGGUGUCGGAACUUGUUAUUUGAGUCAUGCGAGAAAUCAGAUGAUUACUGCUAGAAUUCAGAAGUUAACGAGGAAGGAGCUAAAGAGAAGUUGUAAGUUGUAUGAUGGUUUGAGUGUGGGAUUUUGAUUAAUUAGGCAAGGUAUGUUGGAAUUUUUGUACUUUUAGACCAUUUGGUUUAUAUGGGUAUGAAAACUAAUAUGCUGGAUUGUGCAGCUUGAUUUUCUGUUCCUAACCGUUUGAGGUUUGGCAUUGUGCAAUUCUGAUUUCGUUUUUCAUAAAGGGAGAGUGCCCGUGAUGGAAAUAAUUUUUUUUUCCCAAGAAAUACUCUAGGCAAUGAAGUACAGUUUGAUUGAUCAUAGGCAAACAUUUUCUUAGAACUACAAACUUUAUGACCGUCUAAUGUAAAAUGGGUUGCAGUAAACAGGAACUAAAUUUUGACUGGCAACGAGCAGCAACAAGCCUACUUGUUGCAAUAGGCUCACAUUUACCUGAUCUCAUGAUGGAAGAAAUUUUUCUUCAUUUAUCUGGGACCAAUUCAGCAGUACAGGCUAUGGUUCAAAUCCUAGCAGAAUUUGCUUCUAAUGAUCCCAUGCAGUUCAUUCCACGUUGGAAAGGUGUACUUUCCCGAAUUUUGCCAAUUCUUGGAAAUGUACGAGAAAUGCAUUGCUCGAUUUUUGCAAAUGCUGGUUAUCUUCACAUAAUCAAUCAAAUGAAAGAGCUCAUAACUGGCAAGAAGGCCUAUUUGGUUAUGGGAAAUCCACCAGAUAAACUUUCCUCGAGGUGCCUAGGCAUUCUGCUUCAAAAGGUUAACGAAAGAGCUUAUGUCCGUGAUAAAAUAGAUUGGAUGUACAAGCAGGCAAACAUUGCAAUUCCAACAAACAGACUUGGAUUGGCAAAAGCAAUGGGAUUGGUUGCUGCAUCACACUUGGAUACAGUAUUGGACAAACUGAAGGACAUUUUAGACAAUGUUGGGCAAGGCAUAUUUCAGAGGUUUAUGCCAGAUUUGUAGGACUGAGUGUAUACCGUUUUUCUUUUUCAAAAUGUUAUUUGAUGAAGUUUUGAUGUUCAGAUCUUACUGCUACACUUGUGAAUUGUUUUCAUCCUCCUUUCUCUCCUUUAUGUUUUGUUUUCAUGUUUUUGAUGUUUGCAGUUUAAUAUAUAUCACAUUGGAAUUCAAA